UUGUCCGUCUGCACCAGAAAAGCUCCGUGCUCCGCCUCCGGCCCAGCUAAGGGGCUCUGACAGCAUUAACGUGAAGGGAAACAAGGGCGUUGUUAGGUUUCAGAACGAAGGUGAGUUUUUGAGUGUCCGAGUUCUCUCCCUGGGACAAGCAGAGCAGAGCCCCGCAGGCCUGGGGGCGCCGCGUUCCCGCGGACAGACGGUCCUCCCGGAGCAGCGCCACCUGCAGGGCCUGCGCCGCUGGUGGGGGACAUGCACACACUGCGCAGUGAGCGACGUUUACGUGAGAAACUCGAGCUGAACUAUGAGACUAUACAGUGUAUAUAAAUGUGAGUGUGUGUCCUCAGUUCCAAUAUAAAAUGCAUUUCCUACUGCGUAUCACAGUUUUAAAAAAACAUUUGAAGUUAUAUUAAAGAAAGACGUAGGUACCUGGGGGGACCCAGCAGCAGAGGGACUGCAGCACGGUUCCCAGGGGCACGGACUGCAGUGAAGCGCGGCGGCCACCAGGGGGCAGAAGAGCCUCAAGAUCAGCAUCUGAAAAGUUAAGAGGAAGACGGUGUUCGGGGUACCGGGACUUCGGGACAAUGAUGGGAUGAAGGGGGCGUAAGGAGAGGGUGGAGCGAUGGAACACGAGUCUUGUGACUUCGGGCACCGGAAUGGAGAGAGCCGUGGAGCUGGCCCCAUCAACCAGGCCCAGGGAAGACCUGCUGAAUCAGCUGAGCUCUGCACUGCAGACCCACGGAGAACAGUCCACAGAGUCUCCUGAAAUGUUGAGUGUUUGUUUUGAAGCACAGAUGCAUUAGUGUAUGUGGAGGUCCCAGGCUUCUGUUGGUCCCAAAGUCCCCGAACAGACACAUUCACAGCCUCUCCUGUCCGACCUCAGAGAACACAGACCCUGCAGCAGAGAGAAGUGAACACACCUGAAACCCAGGUGCAGCUCAGAUGGGGGCAGAGGGUGGAUGGACCCUCUCAGCAACGCCCCCAUGAACCUUCCCUGGAAAACCUGGAACCUGCCCAUCGGUCCCUGACAGCACCGCCCGUGGGAACCUGAACACGGUGCUGCCUGGGAGUGGAUCUGAGACCUGAGUGUCACAGGGGCCAGGACAGGUUGGGGGGCCUGCCCUCUCUCUGUCACACCUGCACUGGGCUCUGCUGUCAAAGACGUUAGUCAACGACCACAGUGACGCUGUAACUCCUGCACCUCCUCUGCUCACACACUGCCCUCUGCUGCUCUGUCCUGGUUCGUCUGCUGAACACACUGUGACACAAGUGACAUGAAGCAGGUCGUCACUGCCACCCAGACCCUCCUGGCAUCUCUGUCUGCCCAGCAGGGAACGAUGGUGAGGUGCCUGGUCCCCCGUCUGCCUGCCCUCCCUGUCUGCCUCGCCGUGGUCCAGCUGCUCAGCCCCUGCUCAGCUCAGUUUGCUGUGGUUGGACCCCCCGAGCCCAUCCUGGCCAUGGUGGGUGAAGACGCUGAGCUGCCCUGUCACCUGUCCCCGGAGAUGAGCGCUGAGACCAUGGAGCUGACGUGGGAGCGAUCCAGCCCCAGGCAGGGAGUGCACACGUACGCACACGGGCAGGAGGACACGCCGGCAGCAGAGUAUCGAGGGAGAACUUCGAUUUUAAGAGAGGACAUCACUGUGGGGAAGGCUGCUCUCUGGAUUCUCGACCUCAGAGCCUCUGACAGUGGAAACUACCUGUGUUAUUUCCAAGAUGGAGACAUCUAUGAAAAAGCCCAGGUGGAGCUGAAGGUUGCAGCGCUGGUCUCUGACCCCCACGUUGAAAUGAAGGGCUACGAGGCUGGAGGGAUCCGUCUGGAGUGCACGUCUGCCGGCUGGUACCCGCAGCCCCAGAUCCAGUGGAGAGACGCCAGGGGACACAGCUUGUCUGCUGAGGGGGACACAGAGGCUGCAGACCCCCAGGGCCUUUAUGCAGCCUCAGCCUCUGUGAUCCUGGAAGGUGGCUCUGGGGAGGGGGUCUCCUGUGUCAUCAGAAACCCCCUGCUGGGCCAGGAAAGGUCAGCCAGCCUUUCCAUCCCAGGCCCCUUCUUCCGGAACGCGCAGCCCUGGGUGGUGGCCCUGGGCGUGACCCUGCCGGCUCUGCUGGGGCUCCUGGCGGGGGCGGGCUACUUCUUGUGGCGACAGCAGAAGAAGAACCAGGCCCUGUCCCAGGAGAAGGAGAGGGAGCGAGCGGAGAAAGAAGCAGCGCAGGCGGAGAAAGAAGCAGCUCAGGCGGAGAAAGAAGCAGCUCAGGUCAAGGAGCAGCAGGAGCGAGGUGCCAAAGAGAAGCUGCAGGAUGAACUCAGGUGGACAAACAUCCAGUACCUGCCACGUGAGGAACGGUCUCAGGCCUAUGCAGAGUGGAAGAUGGCCCUCUUCCAGCCUGCGGAUGUGUUUCUGGAUCCAGACACGGCGCACCCCACCCUCCUGGUUUCUGCGGACAAGAGGAGCCUGCAGUGGGCAGACACAUGGCAGAACCUGCCAGAAAGCCCCGAGAGAUUUCAGGGGAAUGAGUGUGUGCUGGGCUGUGAGAGCUUCACGUCAGGGAGACACUUCUGGGAGUUGGACAUUCGGGACAGAAACAAUUGGAAUGUUGGGGUGUGCAGGGAGAAUGUGAGGAAAAACAAGAAUGUUAAAAUGGCCCCCAGGUAUGGAUUCUGGACAGUGGAGCUGAAUCCUGAGAAGGGUUACUGGGCUCUCACGGAACCCCGGACCCCACUGACCAAUGCAAGCCCCCCUGGGAGGGUGGGGGUGUUUCUGGACUAUGAGCUGGGGGAGGUCUCGUUCUACAAUGCCCUCGAUGGGUCUCACAUCUUCACCUUCCCACACACCCGCUUCUCUGGGCCUCUGAGGCCUGUUUUCUGGAUUAUGAUGUUCGAGCCCACUCCCUUGACCAUUUGCCCAGCACAGAAAUUGGUGGGAAUGUCCCCUGUGUCUAACCCAGGGCCUGACCCUUCCCUGGAGACCCCAGUGUCCCCGGGCUCAGCUGGUGGGAAUGGGGACCCUCAGGCUGAAGAAACGUCUCUGCUUCUCGCUGCCCAGCCUGGAGCUGAGGGCCUCCUGAACAGCAAACGUCUCAGCAAGAAAACACUCACUGAAACCACGCUGAGUGAUGGACUUCAGUGACACUCAGUUUUUCCACACGAGAGAUGAGGAGACCACGGUGCAAACAGUGGGUUAGCUUUCCAAAGGUGAGUCAGGGGCUUCAAACAACCAGAGCUGACAUCUAUACGUGACUUCACAAGUACCUGGUGCUGUGCUACCUGCUUCAGGUGAAUCUCACUCAUCCUCACAACCACCCUGUGAAACAGCCUCAUUUAGAAAGUGUGGAAACUGAGGCAGGGCCAAGUUCACUCACAUCUAUAAUUCACACGGAAUCUAGUGCUGCUGGGAGAUGUUCAUCCCCUGCCCCUCCCCCUCCCUCUCAUCUGUCCCUUUGCAGCUGAGUGUCCUGUUGGGCAGGGUCAUGGGCAGCCCUGAGGGUCCCUCCCAGGGCACUAAGGGUAAAGGUCACUGCAGGUGACUGUGAAGGCCACACCCCACUUGGAUCCUCCAAGGUCAACUGUCAGAGCCGUGGUCCACCCUUCACUGAUGGGCUCUACAGGACGCCGUGGUCCAGGGGGUGAACUCACAGUGACCCCAUCACACAGGCUGAGAAGGGACCAGCAGCCACUCUCUGAACCAGCCUGUGACCUGUGGGCACAGAGCAGACCCCCCCCUCCCACCUCCCACCUGGAGGUCCUCUGUGAGCAGGACGGUGGGGGGAGGGGGCAGACGGACGUCAGUGGAAGUUUCAUCACAUGGUGGGACCCACGUCCAGGACAGGGACGCCCACCACUGACCACCCACUGAGGUUCCCGAGGUUCCUGUCACCUCUGGGUCCUGGGGAAAGGCUGCUCUUCCUCCUCAUCAUCUUCGUCACUGUGACUGUUCACCGUGUGUCCCCUCCCCCUGCAUGUGGGUGUCAGGUCACAUGUGUUAAAUAAAUGUGUCAAUAAUUGUCA